CUGAAAUGGAGAUUCUUCACGCGAAGGGAGAGAGAGAGAGAGACUCCAUUAGCCGCAGCAGCAGAUCUUCACUAGCUCCUCCUCCUCUCCGCACGCCUCCGCUUCCUUAGAAGAGAUCCCACGACCACCCCAUCACCGAUCCUGGUCCUCUCCCGAAGACCCACAUCGUCGGACUGCCGAUUCCGCCGCCGCGGCGGCCGAUGCGUCGGCGGGGAGCGCGCGCGUGAUAUUCGAUCGGAUUCGUGAGAGCGGCGGCGGCGGCGGCGGUGCUGUUGCAGGCGGGAAUGGGGUCCGCCGGAGGAGGCGCUGCGUCUCAGCGCAUGGAUGCGUCCAUUGCAGGACUCCAGCAGAAGCAUCAGCAUGAUCUGGAGAACUUGACACUAACAGCACAGCCCUUCAAAACGUUGAAGUUCUUUAUUUUGGCUGUAAUCCAAUGUGUUCAAAGAUCAAUGUUUUAUCUUCUCAGAAGAGGUGGUUGGCUUAUGCUUUUAAGUACUCUGGCAGUGGCUAUUGGAGUUCUGCUUGUGACUUUUGAUGGCCCCCAUGAAAAGCAUGUCGAGGAGCUCUCUGAAUAUAUUCAGUUUGGUUUAUGGUGGAUAGCACUUGGUGUAGCAUCUUCAAUCGGUUUGGGAUCUGGUUUGCACACUUUUGUCCUAUAUCUUGGUCCUCAUAUCGCUCUGUUCACCAUUAAAGCAAUGCAAUGUGGGAGAGUUGAUCUGAAAACUGCUCCUUACGAUACAAUACAACUGAAAAGGGCUCCUUCUUGGCUUGACAAGGAUUGUUCUGAAUUUGGACCUGCUAUGUUUAUGCCUGUUCAUGGUUUGCGGGUUCCCCUCAGCAGCAUUUUACCACAGGUCCAGGUAGAGGCUGUCUUGUGGGGAAUUGGUACUGCACUUGGAGAGCUUCCUCCAUAUUUUAUAUCAAGGGCAGCACAGCUGUCAGGCGGCAGAGUAGAUGCCAUGGAAGAAUUGGAUGUUUCCGCUGGUGAAGGUGGUGGAUUUAUAGCUCGUUACCUUGGACGAAUCAAACGAUGGCUCCUCUCACAUUCUCAACACUUGAAUUUCUUCACAAUUUUAGUGCUUGCCUCGGUUCCAAAUCCUCUCUUUGACCUUGCUGGCAUCAUGUGCGGACAAUUUGGGAUUUCAUUUUGGAAGUUCUUUCUUGCUACGUUGAUUGGAAAGGCUGUUAUCAAAACUCACAUUCAGACGGUUUUCAUUAUAUCAGUUUGCAACAAUCAACUUCUAAAUUGGAUGGAGAAUGAGUUGAUUUGGGCGCUUAGCUUUAUCCCUGGUCUUUCUUCAGUCCUUACUAACCUCAUUACCAAACUCAAUGCUGUCAGAGAUAAGUAUCUCACGGCACCUCCUGUGCCCUCAAAAGUAAAGGUGAAGAAAUGGGACUUGUCCUUUGCUUCAAUAUGGAACAGCAUCGUAUGGCUUGUACUCCUGAACUUCUUCAUUAAGAUAGUAACUUCGACUGCUCAAAGUAAUCUGAAGAAACAGCAAGAAAAGGAGCUCAAUGACUUGAGAAUCCGCUUAUCCUCAGCAAUGAACUCAAACUGAUUUGUCUGAUGAAGCGACUCGAUAAUUUGCCACCUUUAUAUUUCCCAUUUUCUUUCUUUCCCCUUAUCUUUCCCUUACGGAACUAGAGCUAUUGAUUUAUAGUGACGGCUCUUCAUAGGUCACUAUAUAGGUUCCCCCGAAGAUCUCCGGGAAUUAGAGGAGUCCUCUUACAAAGCUUGUAUAGAUCUAGGAACGGGACAACCAUAGGAAUCCGGGGCUCUGCAAUCUCCAUUAUAGACGGGGCAAACAUUGUUUUGGGUGGGUUUUUGACCCUAUUCUCAACUGUUGAAGUUCGGAUGAUGAAAGGUUACUAUUAUUCUUUCGGAAUGCAAGCACCGAUCAUCUUUCUCUUGCA